ACCAAAACACCAUGUUCCAAUUCCGACUUCCUCAGCUGCCUUCCUGGAGCCUGCCCGGCAGCGGCAUCAAAGUCCCCAAGGCGGAGGUCCACGACAUCGAAGAGCGACCAGAGAAACGAGCACGAACACUCAAACACCUCCUCAAAGCGAACCACAUCAAUCACAGCAUCAUCUACAACCAACUACGAUUUCACAACCACACGCCUCAUAUCCUCGGAUCCGCAUACAUCCUUGGAGCUGAUGCCGAUGAGUUGAACCACCUUUACGAAGCAGAGUCGAAGCACUUGGAGCCAUGGGUGGACAGUCCAGGCGAGAUAUCAAGAGAUGAUUGGAGAGAAUUCCUGGGAAAGAAAGAAUACCAGCGAGCCUUCAUUGACUUCUUCGAGGAUCAGCUUGUCCGGCAUGGUUACGAUUGGCGUUCACUACUGGACGAGUACCUUCUUUCCGGCGACGAACCUCUGAUCAACAACCUCAUCGCCGGCUUGGCACAUCCACUCAUCCACCUCGGAUAUGGCUAUGAGCUCUCAUCACGCACGGUGGCCAUCGAGGCCCUGGGACUUGCCGCAUGCUUCUACAAUGACUGGCAUGUCUACCUCGAUGAUCCAAAGUACACCAAGCCUGCACGAAAUCCAACAGACUCAUUGUUCACUAUUCUUGACCGGGUAGCGAGUGAUCCUAAAUUUGACAACUUGGCCGACCAUCAGGGCCCGGACAAUAUCGAAAAUAUCCUCGGGAAUGAAGAGCUUGCAGCAGCGGCACUAGAGUAUUGGAACUCAUGGGACAUCAAGAAGCCCACGGAGCAAUUUGCAGAGUCGCAAAAGCUUGCAGUCGCUCUUGUUGUGGCUGCGCAAUCAUCGAAGAACGAGAAGGGAUACGACUUCUUCGGUGUACACCUUUUAACGAGCUCCCACGCCGUGCGGACACUCUUGCCACUCAUCCCGAGCAAGCACCACGUUCCACUGGUACGGCAAUGGUGGCUCUUCACUAUUCUGGUAUACAUCGCGCAGCUCCGUCCCAGGAUCAACAUCGACAAAAUCAAGCUUGUCGAGCUGGAGGGCCGUGACUGGAAGUUCGUGAAAGAGAAAGCCCUCAAAAGCGAAUACAGCACCGACGCACAUUUCGUCAAAGCACUCCGCUGUAUGCAUGAAGCGAGCAAGACCUGGGGUGACGCGAAUCAAUUCUACCUCAAGUCGGCCGUCAAGAUGGCCGAGGAGUUCCAUGGGUGGGGAGGCUUCGGUGCCAUGGUCUUGGAUGAGAGAUUGACUCACGGUGCCUGA